UUGCAUCUGGUCUCCGACGGGAGACGGCGCUAGGGCGGGGCGACGAUGGAUCUCGUCGUCGGUGCCUCCAACGAUGCUGUGAAGUCCCUCGUCGGCAAGCUCGGGAGCCUCCUGGCUCAGGAGUACACCCUGAUCGGAGGCGUCAGCGAUGACAUCCAGUACAUCAACGACGAGCUGGCCAGCAUGCAGGCCUUCCUCAACAGGCUCAAGCAGGAGGCCAGGCGCGACGAGCAGCGGCAGGACUGGAUGAAGCAGGUGCGGGAGGUGGCCUACGACAUCGAGGACUGCGUCGACAAUGCCAGCCACCGCCUCAGUCGCGAGCCCCGUGGGAGCGGCAAGCUGGCCUCCCUCAGGCGGGCGUGGUAUCUUCUCCACACGCUGUACGCACGCCACUGCAUCGCCACCGAGAUCAGAAACCUCAAGGUCCGGGCGCAGCACGUCAGCGAGCGGCGCACAAGGUACGGGGUGGAGAACCCAGCAAGACAGGACAAAGCCUCAGACUCAAAGGAGGCAACAGCCCCCUUUGACUGCCCAGCGCCUCCUCCACAGCUCAUCGGAACCGUGGCACCUGUGGGCAUCGAGCACGCCAAGGAGAAGCUCAAGCCAUGGUUCAUGGAGGCGAAGCAGCAGAGCACCGCUCAUGAUCAGCCGAGGUUCCUUGCCAUUGUCGGGUUUGGUGGCCUUGGCAAGACCACUCUUGCCAUGGCGCUGUACCGCGAGUUUGGAGACGAGUUCGACUGCAGAGCAACCGUGCUCGCAUCGCAGAAGUUCCAUCUCCUGACGGUUCUGAGAAGCCUUAUCAAGCAGUUUCACGAUCACCAGGCUGCUGCUUCCAAGCAUGACAUCGAAGGAAUUGAGGAAUGGGGACAAAAAGAGCUCAAGGAACUGCUCGCCCGUCAGCUAAAAGACAAGAGGUAUCACAUCUUUAUUGAUGACAUAUGGUCUGUAUCAGCAUUGGAAAGCAUUAGGGAUUCUUUUCCAAAAAGCAAGAACGGUAGUAGCAUAGUGGUGACAACUAGGUUCAAAUCUGUGGCUGAAGCCUGCCGCCGUCAACAAGGCCGUGUCCAUGAGCUCUUGCCACUCAGUGAUGAUAACCCCUACAAACUCUUCCGCCAAAUCAUCUCAAGAGUUCCUAAUGUUCCCACUGAUGGUGCAAAAGCUCUUCUGAAGAAAUGUGGAGGUUUGCCUUUGGCCAUAAUUUUGGUUGCAGGGCUGGUGGCUAGUAAACUGAGAUCAAAGUCAGACGAUAUCCAUGUAGAAUGUCACCAUUUGGCUCAAAAGGACAAGAAUGUAGGUGAUGAGUUGGAGACGAAUAAGGCCCUGGAGGGCAAUGAUAUCAGUAAGAGGUUGGACAAGGUUACAGUAGGUCAAGAGUUGAAGAAUCUGAUAAGAAGAUCCAAGAUUCUUGUUGAUGAAAUCGAUGAGAAGUUGGAGAACAUUAUGGCCCAGGUUAGCAAGGAUUUAGGUGAAGAGUUGGAGAAAAAUCUCUCGACGGAAGGAGUCACACACAUAGUGAACCACUGCUAUUACCAAUUACCAGCUGACCUUAAGACCUGUUUGUUGUACCUGAGCAUGUUUCCUAAGGGUUGUUUGAUCAGCAGGAAGCGUCUGAUAAGAAGAUGGAUUGCCGAAGGGUUCAUCGCUGAAAAGCAUGGGAAGACAGUUGACGAGGUUGCUGAGGACUGCUUCAACGAACUCAUCAGCAGGAACCUAAUCCGGGCCGUCAACAGCAGCAGUAACGGCAAGGUGAAGAGCUGCCAGGUCCACGACAUGGUCCUCGAGUACAUUGUCGUCAAGUCAAGCGAUGAGAAUUUCAUCACAGUGGUUGGUGGCCACUGGCACACACCAUUUCCAUCUUAUAAGGUGCGUCGACUGUCUGUCCAAAAGAGUGGUCGGCAGGAGAAGGAAACAGUGGAGAGGAUGAAGCUGUCGCAUGUUCGGUCGUUGACAGCAAUGGGGAGUUUCAGAAGUCUUCAUUCUACUCUGUCUAAGUUUCAGAUACUGCAGGUGUUGGAUCUUGAAAGUUGCAAGGAUUUAUCCUUGAUGAAUCAGGUUGAGAAAAUAUGUGAUAAAUAUCAGCUGAAGUACCUAAGCCUGCGAGGAACAGACAUUGAGAGAUCCCCAAAGAAGAUAGGUAGGCUGGAAUAUCUUCAGGUACUUGACAUAAGGGAUACAAACAUUUUGCAGUUGCCUCCAUCAGUCGAGAAGCUACAGCAUAUGGUGCAUCUACUUGCUGGCAGCAAGAGCAAGCGCAUUGGAUUGACAUUAACUGAAGGGAUCACAAAGAUGAUGGCUCUACAAACACUGUCUGGUGUUGAGAUAUGUGGAAGCUCUGCUAAUGCAGCCAGUGCUAAGGUUCUGCAGGCCUUGGAGAACCUCACAAACCUGAAGAAGCUCACUGUUUACAGACUUCGAGCCUUUAGUAGCAAGGAUAACAUUCUACUAUUGUCUGUCAUUGAGCACCUGAGCAGCUGCUCACUAAAAUUUCUUGCUAUCGACGAUAAUUUCACCGGGUUUCUUGACAGCUCGCUCAAUGCUUCAGAAGCGCCGCCGGAGCACCUGCACACCCUUGGGCUCUCUGGCAAGUUGUCCCAAGUGCCACACUGGAUUAGUCGUCUGCACAACCUUGAGAAGCUGACCCUGUCCUUAACUUCACUCACAGAAGGUACCUUGCCGGUUCUUGGGGGGCUGCCUGAGCUAUUUUCUCUCAUUUUUGUCCUGGAUAAUUCUGCAAAGAAGUAUCCAAGUGUUCUGCAGAUUUUGACUAAGAAUGCAAUGGAGUCAGGAGGAGAGAUCUUUGUGCCAGCAGGAUUUGAAAAGCUAAAAUUAUUGCGCUUUGUGGCACCGGUGCUGCCACGUGUGAGCUUUCUGGAACGAGCAAUGCCAAAGCUUGAGAGUCUUGAGAUGAAGUUCAUAACGGCAGAGGGCGUUUACGGCCUGGAAAACCUUCGGAGUCUCCGACAUGUGCUUCUUGCAGUAAGCAGUCAGGCAACUGAAGUUACCAAGGCGAAGGUGUCCGAGAUCAAAGCAUUAGCAAGCAUGAACCCCAAUCAUACCAGUGUGGUCGUUGACGAGUACAACGAGUUGUGAAAAGAAAGAGAUACAUUUCAAAGUCAAGGAGCACGUCAGUGUUGCGUAAGGCGUAGCCCACUUGGGUGCAUCUGCCCCAGCAGCUGCAUCACUACUGCCAGACAUAAGCCUUUAUUCAUAUCUUCUGUUGUGCAUGUUGACGGUCAUUAUAGACUAAUUUUCA